GUGGCGGGAAGCCUGUGUGCUCGAAUUCGUCACCCUCAUGGUCGCUCCAGUAAGUGCUGCGGAGCAGCAUUUUUCCUGAGGAGCGGGUACUGGCGGGACUAGUUUAGGCGUCAUCGCUGAGGAGCGCGGCAGCCUGCUGGAUUUUUCACAAUUGAAAAUAACAUAGCAAAAUAAGCCAAGAUGUCUGUGGAUCCAAUGACCUAUGAGGCCCAGUUUUUUGGCUUCACGCCACAAACAUGCAUGCUUCGGAUCUACAUUGCAUUUCAAGACUACCUAUUUGAAGUGAUGCAGGCCGUUGAACAGGUUAUUCUGAAGAAGCUGGAUGGCAUCCCAGACUGUGACCUUAGCCCAGUGCAGAUUCGCAAAUGCACAGAAAAGUUUCUUUGCUUCAUGAAAGGACGUUUUGAUAACCUUUUUAGCAAAAUGGAGGAACUGUUUUUGCAGCUGAUUUUACGUAUUCCCUCAAACAUCUUGCUUCCUGAAGAUAAAUGUAAGGAGACACCUUAUAGUGAGGAAGAUUUUCAGCAUCUCCAGAAAGAAAUUGAACAGUUACAGGAGAAGUAUAAGACUGAAUUAUGUACUAAGCAGGCCCUUCUUGCAGAAUUAGAAGAGCAAAAAAUUGUUCAGGCCAAACUCAAACAGACAUUGACUUUCUUUGAUGAGCUUCAAAUUGCUGGCAGAGAUCAUGGGACUAGUGAUUUUAGGGGGAGUUUAGUGUCCCUGGUUCACAACUCCAGAAAACUUCAAAACAUUAGAGACAAUGUGGAAAAGGAAUCGAAACGAUUGAAAAUAUCUUAGUUGCUGAAUAGUCAAAAGGAGGAGUCUGUCAAAAAGUAGAAUCACAAGGAAUUUAUACCAGUGACUGUUCAAACCAACCAUACUUUUUUUAGAUUUGCUUUGUCAACUCUGUUGCAUUCUGUGUCUUCCUCUUUUUUGGUCCACUUUCCUGAGGUAUGUGUGUACUGCUUUGAACUAGGCUGAAGCAUCUGUUCCUUAGAAUCUUAAAAGUAGGAAGGGAUCAAACAAAUGAAGCCAUGGCCAGUUAAAGAUUAUUAGCAGAGUUAUAUACUGGUCGUAAGUUCUUUGUGACCUUGAUUAUUUUGACUUAUUUUUUGGAUGAGACCAGGUGAGAAAGGGAUUGAACUGGUGGCUCUUUUAUUAUUUUUUUGAGACAGGGUCCCAUUCUGUUACCCAAGUUGGAGUAGAGUGCAGUGGUGCAAUCUUGGUUCACUGCAAUCCCUGUGUCCCGGGCUCAAGUGAUCCUCCUGCCUCAGCCUCCCAGGAGGGUCUGUGCCACCAUGCUUUGCUAAUUAAAAAAAUUUUUUUUGUAGAGAUGAUGCUUCACUAUAUAGCCCAAGCUGAGUGGCUCUUUUAUUAACCAGUCUUUACACUGCGGGACAGCCAACACAGAGUACUUGUUUUGCUCUGUAAAUUUUCUUACAUGAGGGAGUCAAUAUAUAGUUGAAAGAAGCAUGUAGCAAAAAAGACAACCUUGAUCUUUAAUAAAGAAGAAAGAAGUUGGGCCGGGCGCGGUGGCUCACGCCUGUAAUCCAAGCACUUUGGAGGCCAAGGCGGGCGGAUGACCUGAGGUCGGGAGUUCAAGACCAGCCUGACCAACAUGGUGAAGCCCUGUCUUUAAAAAAAAAAAAAAAAAAGAAAGAAAGAAGUUGGUUUUGUUUCUAAAAUAAAUCCUUCCCCUGACAAAAACCCUGGUGCUGUUAAGCAGUAUUCUAUUCUGUUAAGCAGAAGACCUUAGAUUAAAAAAUGCAGAGCCCACUGAACUAGAAAAGGAAACAUAUUAGCAUACCUAGUAGUGAAAUUUCAUUUUACUGUUAGGUAUUUAUGCCAAUUUCUUUUCAUACUGCAUUUGGUUUUGGAAUCUGUCUUAUAUGUAAUUAAUUAUUCACACUUAUAAGCAUCAAAUAUUUAAUGCCCUCAGUGGGAAAUUUUAGCUGUGUCUUGUAUUUAAACUCAAUGGAAUCUAAUAUUUCUUUAUGUAAUUAGUCCUUGUAAAAUGUUAGGUCACCCAAGGAAAUGGGAGAAAUAGCAGUGGUUUCUUCUAAGGUAAUGCUUGCCCUCCAUGUCUUUGUAAAGAGCAGGACUUGGAGUUUCUCCUUUAUAUAGAGAAGAAGUAACUUAGGUGUAUUUUAAUGAAAUAUUCAUAGAUAUAGAAAGCUUAUAUAUACAUGAAAUAUGUUUAUUAUCAAGAAGUCCUUUUUCUAGUUCUGUACAUUAAAUAUAUGUGUUUUAAAGGG